CCAGGUAUUUUUUUGCUUUCAGGAGACGGUGUUUGUUUGCUGUGUUAUUGCUGCGAUCUUUUGACGAUGAUGGUGUUGGUAUUGGGGACUACAAUUGUAUAGCAGCUGCUCGCAUUUUACCUGUACUACAAUAUGAAUAGUAUGUACUAUUCAACCGUCUCUCUACAACUAAUGUAGCACGGCAACAAACGACAAGCGUUUGGAUUUCAUUUUGUUGCUCAGCGCAUCAACUUGGGACGAUAGAAAGACACGUGCUUAAUUAAGAUCUGAACGCGCAUUUGAUAUUGAUCGAAUAUUUUUACGCCGUGGUGGUUUGUUAUUAUUACGACGCUGCUCAAUUUCAACUAGCACAUUUUUGAUUUAGAAGUUCCGACUAGAAAAUAAGAGCAGACGAACAUACUGUAGAAAGACAUCCUUAUCAAUCUUCUUAUUUUCGAUAUCGGCAUCUGAGACAGGAACACUAGCAUAGUUAGCGAUGUUCAAGAAUACGUUCCAAUCGGGCUUCCUGUCCAUCCUGUACUCGAUAGGGAGCAAGCCCCUGCAGAUCUGGAGUGCAAAAGUGAGGAAUGGACACAUCAAACGAAUAACAGACAACGACAUCCAGUCUCUAGUGCUGGAGAUCUCGGGUACCAAUGUGAGCACCACUUAUAUCACGUGUCCAUCGGACGUGAAGAAGACCUUGGGCAUCAAGCUACCCUUCCUGGUGAUGAUCAUCAAGAACCUGAAGAAGUACUUCACGUUCGAAGUGCAGGUGCUGGACGACAAGAACGUGCGCAGGAGAUUCCGAGCCAGCAAUUACCAGAGCACGACUAGAGUGAAGCCGUUCAUUUGCACGAUGCCAAUGCGACUGGACGACGGCUGGAACCAGAUCCAGUUCAAUCUGUCUGACUUCACGAGGAGAGCGUACGGGACGAACUACAUAGAGACAUUGAGAGUGCAGAUCCACUGCAACUGCAGAAUACGCAGAGUCUACUUCUCAGACAGACUCUACUCGGAGGAUGAGUUGCCAGCAGAGUUCAAACUGUACCUACCAGUGCAGCAGAAGAAAUAGACUCUUUAACGUAAUUAGAUCAAUUCUGCAUAUCACUCCCUUCCCUCGUCCCCUCUCCAUUUCCUCAACAACACUCGAGAAGAAAUAGAAUACAGAACAGAAGAGACCCAUAGAGAACGGACAAACGACUUUUGAUGAACCACUCUGCCCAUUUCGCUCUCAUUUUCACCCAACACUCCAAUUACUAAUUUGAACAUUAAAGACUAGAUUAACACAAUGUUGAGUUAUUCCAUGUCAGAUUAUUAGGAUAUAAGUGAAAAUGAUUGCUGAAUGUGCUUAUAUGAUUCAUUGCAAGUUGUUUUAUUUGUAAGAUGGAUAUUUGUUGUUAUCGUUACUCAACUAGUCAUUUAAUAUUUCAGUUUCGAUAUUUAAAACAUUUUGAUAAUUGU